GAGGAGGAGGAGGAGGAGGAGGAGGAGGAGGAGAGGUCUGCAGUUACUGCUGUGAAGCCAGAAAGAGACGGACCGGAGAGCUGCAGCAGACGGAUCUGCAGCGUCUUCUCCUCGCCGUCAGCAGCCUUCACUCGUCUCUCAGCUCCAGGAGGAUGAAGGGGCCGCAGCGGCUCGGCCUGCCCGGAGCGUGAGCGCCCUCCCUGGGCUGCGUCUGCCUCGCCCCCCCCUCUCUGUGUGGAUCCUGCGUCUCUCUGCAGCGUCUCUCCUCCUUCGGCUGAAACAUGGACGGCCUGCGCCUGCCGCCCGUCAUAGAGGAGGUCCUGGAUGCGUCAGACGAGCUGUGCGAGCUGAAGGCCGAGCGGCCGAUCACGUUGGCAGAAACUCUGACGGCCAAAGAGAGGGAGUCCCUGGAGGAGAAGGAGGAGACGCUGGGAGACGGAGAGAAGGGCCAGCAGGACGAAGAGAAGGAGGUGAAGGAGGAGAAGGUGGAGGAAGAGCGAGGAGGAGGAGGGCAGGAUGAAGAGGAGGAGGAGGUGGUGGAGCUGAGAGCUCAGGUGUUGCAGCUGCUGCUGGAGCUGGACGAGACCAGAGAGGUUUCCCAGAGACACGAGGAGAGUUUCCUCGAGCUGCAGGGUCUGUUAGAAGACGAGCGGCUGGCGAGCGCCCAUCAGGCCGAGAGCUUCACCAGACAGAUCCAGCGACUGCAAGCUCAGCUCCGGUCGGUCCAGGAGGAGAUGGACAGUCUGGAGGAGGAGAAGGAGAGCGAGCUGGAGGAGGUGCAGGAGGAGCUCCGUUCGGCCCAGGAGGAGGUGCUGAUGCUGCAGCAGGCGGCCGAGGAGGCGGCGGCGGAGAGGGAGAACGACAUCGCCUCCCUGCAGGAGGAGCUGUGUCGGCUGCGGGCCGAGCUGCAGCGCCUCCACGCCACGGCGCAGGAGUACGAGCUGGAGAUCACCACGCUGAGGGCCGAGAUCAGCAUGAAGAGCCAGAACCAGGACUCGCACAGACCCGGUGACGUGAGUCAGGUGACGGAGGAGUUCACCUCUCUGACAGACGAACGUCAGACUCUGAGCAGCGACAACAUAGAGUUGGGCAGCAAAGUGGAGCAACUGCAGCAGCAGCGAGACGCGUGUGAGGACGUGUACCUGGCAGUCCGAGUGGAGGGCGACACAAAGGGUGAACAGGAUGACCGAGCGAAGGCCGACUCGUACAUCUCCCUGUCUCAGUCCGGUCCUGAACACCGGGGCCGACCCCCCCAGGAGGAUCCGGAGGUCUGCAGCUCAGAGCUCAGCGUCCUGCAGGUCCAGCUGAGACAGGCUGAGGAGGCGGCUCACAAAGUGCAGAGAGAGUGUGAUGGUUUGAAGGGCGAGCUGGUGGACCUGCAGCAGCUGUACGACAGCAGCCAACGGGAGCGAGCAGCGCUCGAGCAGGAGCUGCAACGCUGCAAGGACGAGCUCCAGAGACUGAUGGGCAGGAAGUCACAGAACUGCACUCGUCCGUCUGAGCCCCCUGUUCUCUCCAUCCCCUUCAUAGGAAUGAUUGUAAUAGUGGCCUUGAUUUGGUGCUGGUGGGAGGAGCUGGCGUCCUAGAGGGGACCAGCAGAGUGACACUGGAGGCUGGAACCUGGCGGUGGCAGCGGUUGCAGUGGCGGCCAUUGUAGUUCUGGUCGUCCCCAGCUUCACCAGGACCUGAGGUCUACACAGGAAGUGACCUCACUGGGAAGUCUGGGAUUGUGGGAUUGCCGUCACCCAUCCAGCUCUGCCCUCAUACAUGUUGCUGUCCUGAUGUCUGCUUGUUGCAUCGCUCUGUUUAGCGGGACAGCGCCGCCGAGACGUUUUCACCCGAAUGCCUCAGACGUCAGUGAGCACGUUUUGAUAAACGACGUCCUCCAUAAAGACUCGUAACUCUUCCUGCAGGUCGUCAUCGCACCGUGGAUCAGUUGGUUGAUUUAUCGAUCGGCGGUGAGGUUUCCAAAUAUCCACCAUCAUGAUCCAGGAGUGUGACGGGAAGUUGUCAUUUUGCAUUAUUUUUAAAAGAUUCCAUUGUUUUCAGAAGCAACCAGAGGUGGAUGAUUGUUACCUGCUCAGCUCAGUGGAAGAAGUACUCUUUACUUACAUAAAAGCAGGAUUACCACAGUGUAAAAACUACUUAAAAUGUCAAAGUUCUCAAAAUUAAGAAUAGCCAUAGUGUCAUAAUACUAUAAAAUAUUUUGCAGUAAUGCAACAUUUCAUGUUGCCAGUUAAAGUGGACCUGAUUUUGACUAUUUAAAUGUACUUUAGUGUAAAAAAAAAAAGAAAGGUCAUAUUUUAUUUGUUGACAUGUGUUUUUUGUGUAUCUUGCAAAGUAACUUAAAUUGCUAAAUGUGGUGAAGUAAGUGGUAUGAUAUUUCCCUGGAAAAUGGAGUAGAAUAAUAGUAUAAAGUGGAAUAGAAAAGUUCAGAUUUAGUUUAAGUGCCGUACUUGAAUAAAUGUACUUGUUUAUUUUCCUACACUGUUUACAGUAAAGUCCUGUAGUAGUAAAUCACAAAAUGACUUCACUGAUAGACAACGAAGAGAUAAAACACAAAGAGCGGCGGAUCAGCUUGAGCCCGUCCAGAUGCUAAAAACAUGAAAGUACAAAAUGUUAAUGCUGUAAAUCUUUAUCUUUUAUUAAUCCAAGAUUUUCCUUCUGAGUUAUAGUAACAAACCAACUUUCUUUAAUAUUCAAAAUACAAAUGAAUAAAUGCCCAGAUCCACAGUGUCCAUUGUUUGGUAAGCAGUUCAAAGUGAACAUUCAGUGUAGCAAAACCCAUUUUUAUUUUCUACAGAAACUUUGGACUUCUAAAAACCAAACGGUGAAGAUGCUGCAGACAAACAAACAAAACAAACUUACAGCAAAAUGGCCUUUUAAAUAUGAGCUAACAAAGGUGUCGUGUUUGUGUCCACCUGAUGUAUGAAAGUCCAAUAUUGACUCAGGUUUGGUUUUGCUCGGACUCAGCUGUUGAUCCUCAGUGGGAUCGGCAGUAUUACAGGCUGUUUAACUCUCUGAGGUCUAUGGGCAUUUUUUUCAAUUUUACCUUGAAUUUAUAUAUUCUUAUAUAUAUAUUAUAUAUCAAAAUGUGCAGAAAACCCCCAGCUGUCUGUAUAACCUGCUCACCAUGUGUCCCAGAGCAUUGUGUAAAGAGAGAGAGAGACUGGAAAGCAAAAAAAUUUAAGUCAGGUUUUUGAAAUUCUUUCAGAAAGCUUCACACAAAAUGCAGACAGACAGACAGACCAGUUAGACAAUGUGAGAGGACGUCUUCUCUUCCUCCUAGCUCACUGCAAGAAUAAGAACUCUGACCUCGAGAAUCUGUCAACUAAAUAUCCGAACCAUAUUAAUGUGCUGCAUUAUCGCCGAGAUAUUAACAGAAACACUGAGUUGAUGCGCCCGCACGUUCUGAGACGUCAUGAAUAUCAGUUAAUGCAGCUUUAAAUCGAUGAUGAAGUAAUCAAUACAAUUUAUGUUUAUGAAUGAAAAUCAGACCUCUGGCUCCGUCAGGUGUUCACUAGAUUAUCUUAUUGACCCAACAUGAAUUAUUUAGAGCUGUUUUAUUUCCCAAUGAACUGAACCAAAAAGUGUUCCUAUUUAUUUAUUUUACUUUGAAUAAUUAUUCAGUAGUCUUACAAUAGCUCUAAAAUUCUUUGCCUUAUGUUUCCGUAAAGGAUUUACAGAAUAUUUUGCACUCGCUGGGUUACUUAUGAAGACAGAGAUAACGGUAGCAGAUAAACUUUGAUUGUUUAGUGUUAUUAAUAAAAUGACUCAUCUGCAGUCCUGCUUAAUACUGAAUAUUAUCUUAUCACGUGUUUGUCCAAAAAAAAAUGUAGCAUGAGAAAAAAUAAUAAUUCAGUCAGCUUUAUUUACCUACAUAUCCCUUUACAGGUCAAUUUCAAAUGUCUGUAUUUGUAUGUUUCUAGCACCAAACAGUAGUGUGUACCUCUACUUAAGUAAAAGAGCACUUUUUUAAACUUUAGAAAGGUCUUUGUUGGAGCUGAAUCAUUCCGAGGAGAGAUUAUUUGUGUCGACUGAGUUCACUGUGCCAGUUUUUAAGCUCAGAUUGUGUUUUUUGACGAAAAAAAGCAUGCUGUAGAAAAUUUUAGGAAACAAGUUUACCUGCUGCUGUAGCCAGAAAUGUAUUUUAUUUAUACAAAUGAUGUUUUAUUUAAUAUCCGUAAGAUCAGCACAUGAAGGAAAAGUAAAGCUUUUGGUGAAAAUUUAAAAACACGUAGAAUUAUACAGCCUCAUUCAGAUGGGAUUAAAAUAAAAUGCAUACACCGUAAAGUAAUAGCCCGGGCCUUAACUGGAUUCAAUCUCUUAACUCACUGAGCCUGUUUUUAUUUUAACAAUAUGAAUAUUAGUAGUAUAAAAAUUAAUCAUAACAUAAAUAAUGAAUCAUUUGAUGUUGCUCUGAGAGACAGCACAUCAAGGCUGACCUCAAGGCCAAACUCGUUCUGUAAAAUUAACUGACAGUGUUUAACAUACUGACAAAAUAUUUAUAUUGGUUAUUUAAGCAGCUCAGCUCAAGAGGACAAUUUCAGGACAAACAAACUUCUAUAAAAACCAGACUAGGCUUCUAAUUGAGACGUUUAUUUGUCCAAACCUGCGGCCUCACCAAGCCAGUAACAGGGACGCGUGUCCAACUGGGACUUAAUUUGGACAUAAUGGGUUUUAAUUUAAAGUUUUACGGUAUUUGCCUGUGAUUCUUCCUACAUCUAAAUUAUAUAGAUGUCAUUAUAUAUAAUUAGUGCUGCAACUAUUAUUUUCAUUAUCGACAAAUCCGCCAACUAUUUUCACGAUUAAUUGACUCAUUGUUUUGUCUAUAAAAUGUCAAGAAAUUGUGAAAAAUGCUCAUCACAAUUUUCCAGAGCCCAAAGGGACGUCUUCAGAUUGCUUUUUUUGGUCCAACUAACAGUCCAAAACCCAAAGACUCUUCAUUUACUGUCAGAAAUUACAAAGAAUAGCAGCAAUUCCUCAAUUUAAGAAGAUGAAAACAGCUAAUUUUUCAGAUUUUUGCUUAAAAAAUGCCUGAAAUGAUUAAUCAAUUAUCAAAAUAGUUGUCGAUUAAUUUUCUUUCGACCAACUAAUCGACAAAUUUUUGCAGCUCUAUACAUAAUAUAAGUUUAAUAGUGAAUAAAAGAGGCCCCAGGAUAGAGCCUUGCAGAACACCUUCACUAAUGAAAAUGAGACUGGCUGAUAAAAUAUUAUGUUACAGAACAGAAAUUUAAUUUGUCAAUACAGAAAAGUGAGAAAUGAGUUUUGAUAGUCAUACAACCAUUUAGGAGACCUUAAAUAACUCAAAAAUGUUGUGUUUUUUCUGUAGAAAUGAAGAAAUAGAUGAAUAAAUCCUCUCUGAAUGCGGCUGUAGAGAUACAGAUCAUAUCUCAAACCCCAAAGAUAAACCCGCUGAUGACGUGUCAGAGUGAACACAUUUUCUUUUGUCUAUAUUUUAUAUGUUUUUUAUUCGGGGCGAUUAAAUCCUCCCCCCAUCAUCCUUUGUUUUGCACACUUUUAGUUUUUGAAUGGAUUGGGAUCGAGGCCUGAUUCAUGUUUACAUUUAAGUGGUGACCAAAUAAUCACAGGAGCUACAAUCAGACGUUCAGAUGACUGUGAUCCUGUUUUAGGCUGGAAAAAGGUUAUUUAGAUUUAAAACUGUUUCUCUGGAUAUGUGACGAUGCAUGUGACCAAAUAUUAGCAAAAUAAAAGACAUUCCAGUUCUAACACUAGCACCGGCGAUACAACACUGUUGAGCGUUUAAAUACUGUAUAUAUAACAAAACCUUCUCAGCUCGCUCUGCUUAGCAUGAUGGGUGGACAAAAUACCUGGAACACAUGAUAAAGAAGGCCUUUAACAAACUGUAGGAACUAAAACUCAAAUAAUAGAAUUAUUUAUUUAGUAUUUAAUGAUUAAGUGAUAUAUGUAUUGUGAUUAACAUCAGGGCAUUGAUAAGGAUAUAACAGGUCUAGCAGCAUGUGUCAUUAAGACCUUGUCAUAUAAUUUCUGCAUGAGAUCUAGACACGUAGUUAUUUUAAUCAGAUUAUAAUGGUGGAGAUACAGACACACAGAUUCUGUAAAUAACAUCAAAACUGUAGACGAUGAAGCAGCCGCUAUUUAUUUCAGGGGUUUACUUUGUAAUGUGUGGAAGCCCAUUUACACCAGGAAAAUAUUUAAUAAUUAAAGUUAGAAAUUAUAAAAUUUGACUUGUUUCUGCCAGAAAAGAGAAAAACAUUUAUACAAAUUGGAUAUUACACAAAAAAAUUCACAAUUCUGACUUAAAUCAUAAUUUAAACUUUAAGAGUCAUAAUUUUAAGAUACUGAGUUAAAACGUUUGGACUUACUAACUCCACAUUUCAAGGAAUUCAGUCAAUAUUUUAACUUUAACUUUUAACUAAAAUGAUUGUAAGCCUUUUUACUUUGAAAGUCAUAAUUUUUAUUUAACAUUUAAUAAAUUUGACUUUAGUGAAUAAAAAAUUGGACUGAUUAUUGGUUUCCUGAUAUCUAAUAGCUGAUAUAUCAAUGCAUUUAAUUUAUGUCUAGCUUGUUUUUGUGGUGUAUCUGGGCCUCCAUAUUUAUCGAUCGUUGGUCGUAGUCUUUACCGUCUUGUCUUGAGAUGUCGGUAAUGUACGUUUUGUUUGUGUCGUUCAGUACUUCUUCUGACAGGAAACGCCAGUGUCAUGUUGUAAAAUGUUGUAAAAUGUGAAUGUUAGUACAGAAACAGUGAGUUUUGGAUGCUGACUGAAUAAUUAAUGAAUCAGCCUGUUCUGAUCUUUGUUUCUCUUAGUUUUUAGUAAAAACACUGAAUCUUCCUGGACGCUGCAUGCUGAUGCCGCUCUGUACAAACUCUGUACGUCUUUUGUAGGAACACUUGAUCAUGGUUGGUUCUGUUCUGUACAUACAACAGUUCCAGUUUGAUUCUUAGAUGGUGCUCGUUAUUUUUCAUACAGCCAAUUAGAGUGUAGUUCAGAGGUUUCGUCAAACGUCGCAGUAGAAAUAGAGUCUGGGGAUGGACUGAUCAUUGGUUUCCUGUUAUCUAAUAGCUGAUGUAUCAGGACACGCUGCUGCUGGUUUCCUGAUUUAUCACAGAGCUGUUUGUCUGAAUCACACCAAAUUCGAGACAAAAAAAACAUGCAUUUUAUGUUCACAGAUUUCUUUGAUCAUUUCUGACAUCAACAUUUUGGAAAAAAACUAUUCGACCGUUUCUUCCCCUGCGUACAAAAUGAUGUAUUUUGUUUGUAGUAAGCAGCAGAAACACAGUGAACAAUGUAAUGUACUUAUUUUAACCCAAACCUCCAUGUAAAUUUGGAUUUGGUGCCGAAAUACAAACAGUUAACGAUCCUGUAAUGUUAAAGUCACAAAACCUCUCCUGAUGGUUCGUGUGUGUGUCUACGAAGACGCCUGGAGAAUUGUUCCGUAAACGGUUUUAUAACUGGAGAUUUCACUGGCGUAAAACUGCUACAUUUAAAAAAUAAUCAACACGACCAAUCACAUGAUCCUCUGUGGAAUUUAAAAAGCAACACAAACACAUUUAACCAUCUGCUUGGUUUGGUAGAACCCGUUCUCACGCCUGACCCUCACACAUGGACACAUGGUCAAGACCCGUUGGCGUCAGUUUGUGACGGUAAAAGCAGCGUAGGUUAACGCACGUAACACCAAACCUGGAUCUUUUCAUAAACCUAACCAAGUAGUUUUGGUGCCUAAACAAAACUGCAACGUUUCACAACAUUAACAAGUACUUUUAUUUUGAAAGUCUCACCGGACGUUGCAUAUUUAUUCUUCUUGAUCACAGAGCCCUUUUACGUUGAAAAACUAUGCUAAAUGGUACUCAGGGCGUAAAAAAGCGACGCCAAGGGGUCGGAGCAAGCGUCUAUAUGUGACGAGUUGGAGUGAGAAUGUGUUGACCUUAUUGACUUAUUAACUCUGACCUGACUGCUCAGCUAAGUUUAGGAAAACUACUUUUGGACAGUCGGCAUGUUCAGUCAGAGCAGCAGAUAAAUGGAACUCACUUUGGGCCCAAACAUUUAAUUAAAAAGAAGAACAGCCUCCCUGUGACAUCAGAAACCCGGAUCAGUACUUCCUUAGCGGUGUCGUGACCAGCGUUAGGUAGCUCCGUGUUGCAUGUUAGAUUUAGAGACUGUAGUAAACGUGCAUGAGACUAGACGAGUAGAUCCAGACGCAGUAGCCGCUGUAGAGUUAGACGACGCUCAGCAUGACAGUGGUAGCAUGAGCGCUGUAAUCCAAUUCUUCCAUCAGUCACCUUCCAACCGUUUAUUACUGUUUAUGUAGUUAAGAGUUUAAAAAAGUCUGAUGUUUUAAACUCUUUUUGGUGUCUGUCUCCUCCAGAGUUCAGUCAGUUUCAUCUCCGUGUCCAGUACAGAGAGAGGACGUCUAGCUUAGCUUCGCUUAGCUUAGCACAAACACUGGAGGAUGGCUGCAUCAAAACAGAAACAAACCUACCUUCCAACAGCUCCACCUCCGUCUGGUUUGGUUAAAGUUGGAGCUAUUUGUUUAUCAACAACCACUGCUAGGCUAGCAGUUACCCCCUGUUUCCAGUCUUUGUGCUAAGCUAGGCUAACCACGCCCUGGACCUAGCUCUGUAUUGGACGAAUGAAGCUGAUGUUUCCGUGUGACUCUGGAGAGUUUAAACUCUUGGUGUGUCCUCAGAGGAUUGUCCUGCUUCUUGACGCUGUGUUUGUCUGUCAGGUAUCAGGUGUGCUGUACGAGCUUUUAGUUAGACCUCUAAGCUUUGAGUAAACCGGCAUGUUGUCGUCUGGCUGCUGUUUGUUCUGUUUUAAAUGAUGGGUUCUUCUCUUCCUGUCGGUUUUUCUCUCUCUUUUCUGUCCUUUGCUUCUUUAAAGGACUCUUAAUAACUGUUUUUGUUUUUAUUUUUCUGUGAUGGUUUAGUUUAAAUGGCCUGUACAUUUUGUAAAUGAACUGACCAAUAAAAAGUAGUUUAUCCUUGUC